AUGGAGAAUGGAGCGGCGUCGCAGCGCGGUCAUCGCCAGAGCGGCGAGCACCAGAACCAGCAGCUAAGCGCUGCACCAGGGAAUGCUACUUCUAUCGCUCGAUCCAUGUCUCGCUACCGGAGGCGGGCGCAUAGCGUUACUGUCAACGACAAUGCAACCCCAAAAAUUAAUCCCGAUCCACUAUCCCCAUGGGAACCUCCGAGAGUCCCCCCUGUGCCAGCUGUACCACGCCAGUCGAGAGCAGCCAGCUUAUCACAAAAGCAGAAUGGCGCCCCGGCCAAAUCCUUACUCGACUCUCCUCCGCAGCAUCAGCUGCGCCAUACUGACACGGUGCGCCUACACACAUUGCGACGAACCAUGACGGAUCACCAGAGUCGUCCCGGCACCGCGAAAACCGGGAAAAACGAGGAGAGCCCAUGGCGGAAACUGGCGAGUCGGGACGGGCGACAGAAGAGACUAGAUGGCGAGGGAGACGACGAGGCUGCCAGGCGCGAAGCCGCCCGCCUGGAAGCCGAAAGCUACCGACUACUAGCUGAGCAGAAGAGGAAGGAUUUGGAAAGGCUCGAGCUCGAGCUGGUCAACAGCAAAAAAGCCGCAAUCCAGUCGCCGGUGCACAAACCGAGGAGUCCCGUGGUCGAAAAGUUUGUUCUUCUAACCAAGGGCCGGAAGAAUAAAGACGGGAUGUCCCCUAAGCUACCCCCCGGACUCUCACCCACGGUUACAGUCGAGAACAUCGAGUCGGCAAAAAAGCGCCCGAUCGGUAUAGAGUCCGGUGGUAGAGGUGCAGUGCCUCAAACGGAUGCGCCGAUAUCUGCGAUCAACGCAGGAGACCGGAAUGUCGCGGUCCGCUUCCGGCAACAUACACUCAACCUAGAGGUCACACCCGACACGACAUCGGACGACCUGAUAAUCCUAGCCUCGGCGGAGAUGUCUCAUAACGGCAUUAGCCCGGAACACUACGUUAUCGUGGAAACUUAUGCCGCGUUAGGCCUGGAACGCCGCCUACGACGUUACGAACGCAUCCGAGACGUUAUGAAUUCGUGGGACCGGGACACGCAGAAUCAGUUGACUAUAACGACGUCUAAUUCCGAGGAGGAGAAGUGGGAGCUCGAUAUUAGCUCGGUCCCGGGUAAGAAUGAGCCGCCUCAGGGUUUUCAACUGAGCAUGUAUCACUCAAAUCGCCCCGGGAAGUGGAACAAGAGAUGGAUCACCCUCCUCGAAAACGGGCAGAUACUUUCCGCGAAAAAGCCGAAUGGGAGCUCAAUUGAUAAAGAUAGGGUGAGCUUGUGCCGCAUGUCAGACUACGACGUCUACACACCUACGGAAUCCCAAUUGCGGAGACAUAUCAAGCCUCCGAAGCGAUAUUGCUUCGCGGUAAAGAGCCAGCAGAAGACUACGGUAUUUAUGAACACGGACAAUUACGUCCAGUACUUCUCGACUGACGAUCCCGGGAUCGCGGCUCAAUUUAGGGGAGCAGUGCAGGGGUGGCGCGGCUGGUACCUUGUAGAUCGCCGACCGGAAGCGCUGAAAGCUUUGAAGGUCUCGACCCGUGAUCAUGCGGACGACAACCCGCCUCAGAUCACGUCUCCAACUAGCCACGCACCAAAGAAGUCGACGAAUGUCGCUUCGAUGAACGGUCACCAUCUCCAGGUGUCGGUCGACGAGACACCAUAUGCACUAGGCCAGUUCGAGCCGCUUCUCGACAUGAGGCGCUUCGAUAAGCGUCUAUCUCAGUUCGGCCAGGACUUCUUGCCAUCGGUACCGGACGUGUCGACGAUGCCGAAGCAAUUUCCAGCGCACCUGGUUUCCGAUGCGAAUAACGGCUACAGCAGCCAGAGGCUAAUAGAUACCGUCAAGUCGACUAGCAACGACGGCUUCACUGGAAGCGGCCUAUUAGGUCAAGGAUACCGAGACCGCAAGCAAUCUAUAACGGAAGGGGAUAGAUCUCUAGGCAGAGGAGGGAGAAGUUCUAAGGAUGCCGGGUUCACCGACGGACCCUCGCUCUUGAACGGAAUGCCCGAGCCGGAAACGCCAGCCUACAAACCCGAGUCCCCCUCGUGGUUCCCAUCGGCUCUCGAGCAUUCUGCAAGACAACGCACUUUCGAUACGUCGUCCUUAUCGGGGAGGCCGAGCACCUCGGCCGGCGUGAUGCACACAAACCACACGCGGAGACCGUCAUUCUCCUCGUCUUCCCGACCUCCGCUACCCUCUCUCGGCCGCAGGCCGUCGGCGCACGAGCGCUCGUACCCCCCCUCGUCGCCGUCGGCCGGGCUCUCGCACCAGAACCGCCGCGAGCGGCCGCGGCCCCUGGUCAAUCUGGAGUCCACCUUCCAGGAGGCGCCGCAAUGGUCGAAGGAGAAAUUCGGCCACGGCGUGAGGGCGCCCGAGGGCACCCACCACCUCGUCGACCUCAUCAGCGAAUCCACUCCCGUCAAGCCUGCCCGCGUCGACCCGGAGCUCCCGCCGCGGAGCGCGCUGCGCCGCGUCCCGAACUCGGCGCCCCUGCCGAGCCUCUCCAGGACGCGGAGCAAAACCGCCGGGGCCCCGCCCCCCGCUAGGCUGUCGGAGGACACGCCCCCCGUCCCGACCCUGCCCGCGGGGCGUCUCUCCGGCGACGUAUGGAAGUCGUCGCACCCCCCGCAGCCGCGCGGCAGGGACCGAGAAAGAGAAACGGAUAGAGAAGGGAGGGGGCGGGAGCACAGAGAGAGAGAGGGCAGCUACAAUUCGGUGCCCGGCAGGGUGGGCACGCUCCGGGUGGUAUAACAACACCGAUAUCCGACUGUCUUAUCAUCAACGGCCGACCGACCUAUUAUUCCUUUCACGUCGCAGCAAGACGCACCACAGGGUUACCAAGUACGUUUUUUUUGUAAUCACACCAAGCCAAUUUUUCUCGACGAAAAACGGCACGGGCGGCGGAGUCCCGGGGAGGGGGAGGGGGCCAGGGGCCAGGGGCCAGCAUAGCGGGAGAUUCGAGUAUUUAACGUUAACCGGCAUGUUUUCUUGUUUUAUGUACCUGUACCUGUAGUUUCGGAUGAGGGAAGUGAGUCGAGUAAGCUAGGAAAUAUCCACGUUGGUAUCGAUUUGCAUGGUUUCGCCCCGCGACCGAGACGCGGGGAAGGGGAAGGGGGGAGGAUCGAUCUCGUCGAAGGCCAUCGGCACGUGGUGGAAAACUCUUGAAACCGC